GUAGAGCUCAUCUACAAAUCUAACUCGUUAGAUUUUCGAAAAGUGGAGAUGCCGGGGAUUGAACCCGGGGCCUCAUACAUGCAAAGCAUGCGCUCUACCACUGAGCUACAUCCCCUUACAUAGCUAUUGCUCAUUUAUAGCGAUUAAAACUUAAAAGCAGGACAUGAAGUAUAUGAAUAUAUAUAGUUAUUUGGAGAAAUUAUCGUGAUAAAAUACAGAAAAUGUAUCCUUACAUAUUUAUGGAUACUGUAUAUCACGGAUUUUUUUUAAAUCUUUUCUCUGUGUACGUGCAUCGUGACGGCAUCCCUUACUCAUCGAAUCGGGUCCUGAUUGGUUUACAAUUACACAAAAUAUGAUGGUGGCCAAUGAAAUAAAUUUACGUUGAACUCUGAUAAUGCCAUGUCGUCAACGCAUUCAUCGGUGUUAUCUCGACGAAACCCGCAGGUGAAUGUGUGUACACAAAGAUGACGAACCACACACAGACGCUCUGAAAUGGCCCAUCCGUCAGUUCGUGUCAGAGGAACCGAACACACUUACACUCCUGUGCUGUGUCAGGAUGAGAAGUGUUUGGGGCAGGAGAAAGGUGUGCACAUGCACUGCCCACUGUGUGCUGUGACCGAGGCUUAUCAAGACCCGGUCAUCCUUCGAGCUCACUUCCGCAUCAAACACGUGGACAAAGGCAUUGACUUUGCUGGCUUAAAAGUGCUGCGCUGCUGUAUCCAUUGUGAGAUUGUAGGCACUAUAAAAGGAGAAAAGAGGUUUAAAGGUGCACAUUGGCACUGUUACCGCUGCAGAAAUGGUUUCAACAGGAGGGAUGAGGCCAUCAAACACUAUAAAACACACUUCCGAAACCCUCACACCACAUUCCAGAUCCAAGUCACGCAGAAUGUGAACUGCCGACAGUAUUACGGUGAAAGCUCAGAAGCUCAUGUGAAAGCAUAUGAGGGGCUGGCAGUGGGUCUUGGACCAGGUGAAGAUGGCACAAGCAUUGGAUCCAUCUUAACACAGCCCAUCCUGACCACUGGCACUGAAACACUACUGACUGUGGAGCCAAAGGAAGACGUUGAGAGAAAUGGCAUCCCAUUGGGUGCUGAGGAAGAGGUGCAGUCUUCCCAAAGUUCAUCUGAUGGGACACAGACUCUUGUUCUUAUGGAUCCUGAUGGACAAGGAAACAGUGUGAUCUAUGAUACGACCACUGGUAUUCUCACUGAACAGGAGGCAGAAAGUUUGGAGCAGACUCUGCUGCAGAAACGCCUCCUGGAGCUUCACCAGCAGAUCGACACUCUUCAUCAGGAGAAGGAGAGCAUGGAGAAGACGCUACGAGCUGAGAUUAAACAGCUCAAAGAACAGGUCGCAAGCCUGGUGCAAUCUAAUGUGAGGAUGUUUGAGGAACUGCAAGCAUAUCAAUGCCCUGAUCACAGCCAGCAAAAGGUGGCCAAACUUAUGGAAAGCCUUGAAGCUCAGCACAAGGAGCUCCUGCAGGCUCAGUUGGCUUCACUCAGAAGGGAGAUCCUGUGCGGGACUGAUAACGGCAUGGCAAUCAAUGGCCACAAGGAGGCACUGGAACUCAACGAGGAUUCAGAAGAGCCACAAACUGCAGCCAUCAGUGGACCUUUAACAGGACUGGAGGACAUGGAUGUACAGCUACACACAGAGCAGCAUGAGACACUAAAAUCCACAGAGCUGGAGCUAGUUCCAUCCGAUACAGUGGCCUGUUUGGAGAGCCCCAGCUUGGACUUAGAAUUGACAAACACUGGUUUAACUACAUCAAAGGUUUUAGAGGAUAAACAGGAAGUGUCUUUGUCCAUCGAGGUAUCAAAGAAGCGCAAUUCUACUGACGACUUAGAGGAGAUAGUUGAAAACAAAGUACAAAAAAUAAGCUGAGAGUCUCACUCAUCUCCAUUCCUUUUUAAAAGCUUUUACAAAUUGCUGUUACGUAGGCCACACAUUUCCAGAUCAAUAAUCUGUGUGUAUUCUGUCAUUUGGCAAAAUAUACAUGAUUCCAUGAUUUAAUUUUUUUACCAUAACUCUUUUUUACAUUUUUAUUCAUGUUUGUCAGUGCUAUCUAAUGCAAUGUACUUGUGCUUUUAAAGACUGCAUUGGGUUUCAUUUAUCAUUGAGCGUAAACAGACUUGCUACUGAUCAUGUUUUCAUAAUAGAAACAUUGUGCGGCGAAGAGUUAUUAGCUGUGGAAUAAUUUAAUGUAAGGAUGCCAAAUCUUGAAGUUCUACAGCCAUAGUGAUAUUUAAUAAUAACCAGUGUUUAUUUAUUUUGAAUUAAAUCCCAAGAAUAAUUAUUGACUUUAA